AUGAAAAAUCUAAUAACGGCCAUGCAAGAUUCCAUUCCUUUGCUCUUAAUUUACAUUUUUGCGGCUGUUCCGGCUACCAUAAUAAAAAAUUCGGGUAUGGCAGAAAAUCUCGCCGAAAAACUUUUGCCUAACACGGCUCAGACGGCGGCUGCUUCGUUAGCCUUGUAUUCCUCUUUUGGACUUUCCUUCCUAAUUACCUUUGUGGUUGGAAGUACCACAUCUAUUGCUACUACUUUGAUAGCCGCUUUUGCCCCUACUUUGCUGGCUUUUGCCGGAGGCAAAACUCAAUUUUUAGAGAUAAUUAAUUUACUUUUGCCGGAUUCUUACGAGAGAUUUAUUGAACCAUUUGUGGGAGGAGGAGCUGCCUUUUUAAAUGUUCAGCCUAACAAAGCAAUCAUUAAUGAUAUCAAUCAAGAACUUAUUACUUCUUAUCAAGUAAUCAAGGAAAAUCCGACAGGACUAAUCAAAUUAUUAACCGAAUAUGAAAAAAAACACAGCCCAGAGUUUUACCAACAAUUAAAGAAAGAAGAACUUAAAAAUCUCUCAGAUUUAGAAAUAGCAACUCGUUUUAUCUACUUAAACAAAACUGGUUAUAAUGGCUUAUACCGCGUAAAUAGUCAAGGAGAAUUUAAUGUUCCCUGGGGGCAAAAAGAAAAGGUGAAAUUAUUUGACAAAGAAAAUAUUUUAGCCAUUAGCGAAUAUCUUAGUAAAAAUGAUUGCCAAAUACUCAAUCGAGAUUAUCAGCAAUUAUUACCUCUAAUUAAAGAGAAUGAUUUCUUGUUUGUGGAUCCACCUUACGAUAGUGAAAAGACUAUUUUAAUAAGUGGUCUUUUGGUGAAGCAGAAUGGCAAUGGCUUUAAUUCCUAUGCCGUGAAUAAAUUUACUCAAUUUAUUAAAGAUUUAUAUAAGGAUUACUGGCAAUUCACUCAAAAAGCCCAACGAUUUAUUAACUGUCAAGGGGACAAAAGGGUUGAGGGGGCUCAAGAAAUUUUUAUUGGUAAUUAUCAAUUAACCGAACAACAAAAAAAAGAAUUGGAGUUUUAUCGUUGGUUUGAUAGCAUUCAGAGAACCAAUAUUGAUUUAAUUAAUUUAACUACUUAUGAAAAAGAUUUAAGUAUUUUAAAUAAUUUAAUUUGUGCUAAUAGAGGAGAGUUAGAAAAUAAGAUAGAAAAAAUUUGGACGGAAAGCCCGCAAAGUUUUCAAAUCUUACCUUAUUUAUUAGCAGUGCGAGAUGGGGAAAAUUUGGCUUGGUUAGAGCAAGGCAGGAUGGAGUAUUGGGAUAAUUUGAGCCUUGAAAACGGAGUUUCAGCGAAGCAAAAAGUAAAAAAACUACUUUUUAAUUCCGGUUUAGCCGAAUAUUUAACUAACGGAAAGAUAAAAGAUUUAAAAGAUUACUGUCUGGGAAUAGAAGUGGAUUUAGGAACUCAUGGUCGCAAAAAUAUCGGCGGUAAAACUAUGGAAAAAGCGGUUGAAAACUUGCUAAUUAAGCAACAAAUAGAAUAUCACAAGCAAGUCCCCGUAAAUUUCCAAGUUAAUGGCAAAAAGUUAUUUGAUUUUCAAAUUAAGUGCAGAAAUAAAGAAUAUUACUUAGAAACCAGUUUUUUUAAUACAGCGGGCAGUAAAGUUCAGGAGGUAAUUCGUUCUUAUAAUCAAGAAAGAAAAAAAUUAGCAGAAAUCUUAGCCAGCCCUCUCAAAAAAAAUCACUCGGGGGAAAAUGCCAAAGAAAUACUAGAUAACCAUAUCGGAUUCCCAAGAGAAAAAGCCAAGUUUGCCAGCGAUGUUUAUUUGUAUGCGGCAGUAGAAGAUG